AUGGAAGAAGCUGAGCUGGUGAAGGAAAGACUUCAGGCCAUCACAGAUAAAAGAAAAAUACAGGAAGAAAUCUCACAGAAGCGUCUGAAAAUAGAGGAAGAAAAAUUAAAGCACCAGCAUUUGAAGAAAAAGGCCUUAAGGGAGAAAUGGCUUCUAGAUGGAGUCAGCAGCGGAAAAGAACAGGAAGAGAUGAAGAAGCAGAAUCAACAAGACCAGCACCAGAUCCAGGUUCUAGAACAAAGCAUCCUCAGACUUGAGAAGGAGAUCCAAGAUCUUGAAAAGGCUGAGCUGCAAAUCUCAAUCAAUGAAGAGGCAAUUUUGAAGAAACUGAAAUCAAUUGAGAGGACAACAGAAGACAUAAUAAGGUCUGUGAAGGUGGAAAUGGAAGAAACAUCAGAAGAGUCAAUUGAAGACAUCUAUGCUAAUAUCCCUGACCUUCCAAAAUCCUAUGUGCCUUCCAGAUUAAGGAAGGAAAGAAAUGAAGGAACAGAAGAUGAUGAACAGAAUAGAAAAGCUUUGUAUGCCAUGGAAAUUAAAGUUGAAAAAGACUUGAAAACUGGAGAAAGUACAGUCCUGUCUUCUAUACCUCUCCCAUCAGAUGACUUUAAAGGUACAGGAAUAAAAGUUUACGACGACGGGCAGAAGUCAGUAUAUGCAGUAAGCUGUAAUCAUGGUGCAGCAUACAAUGGCACCGAUGGCCUGGCACCAGUUGAGGUAGAGGAACUUUUAAGACAAGCCUCAGAGAGAAACUCUAAAUCUCCAACAGAGUAUCAUGAGCCUGUAUAUGCCAAUCCAUUUUGCAGGCCUACAACUCCACAGAGGGAGAAGAUAACUCCUGGACCAAAUUUUCAAGAAAGGAUAAAGAUGAAAGCUAACGGACUAGGUAAUGAUAUGAAUGAAUCUGUAUACACUAUGGACAAUGGACUUUCAGAGGAGAGGGACAACAGCUUCAAUCAUAUCAGCCCUGUUCGACCGAUACCUCAACCCCGAUCAAUGACUCAACAAGCCAAGGAGAUGCCCGACACCCUACAAAAGAGGCUGAUGACUCCUUGGGAAGAAUCAAAUGUGAUGCAGGACAAAUAUUCACCCUCUCCAAAGGCAAGAAUGAGUCCCAGCGAAGCAAUAGCUGGGAAGCCAAAAUACCAGGAUUCUUCUCCUGCUUGCCAGGAGGAUGAGGAAGAUAUCAGAUACAAAAUCGUUCAUUCCUUACCCUCUGACAUGGCUGAUACAGAACCCGUGACAAUGAUUUUCAUGGGCUACCAGCAGGCAGAAGACAAUGAAGAAGAAAAGAAGCUUCUGACAGGGUAUGAUGGGAUCAUCCAUGCUGAGCUGGUUGUGAUUGAUGAUGAGGAGGAGGAGGGUGAAGGAGAAGCUGAGAAACCAUCCUACCAUCCUGUAGCUCCCUACAGUCAGGUUUACCAGCCUGCCAAACCAACACCACUUCCUAGAAAGAGAUCAGAAAUUAAUCCCUAUGAAAACACAAACCACAAAUCUCCCCACAAAAAUUCCAUAUCCUGGAAAGAGCAAGAAGAAAGCUUAGGCAACCCGGUUCAACAUUCUCCACUUGAUGUUCAGAUAGCUGGAGAUGGGACUGAGGACCCGUCCUUAACAGCUUUAAGGAUGAGAAUGGCAAAACUGGGGAAAAAAGUUAUCUGA